GAUUCCUGCGAAUCAGCGACCACGGCAGGCGGCGGCCACAAAGAGCCGGACUCAGUAGCAGAAAAGAAGAAAAAGAAAGAAAUAUUUUAGCUCAGAUACAUUUCAACAGGAUGAUUGAGAGAAUCAUCUAGCGCUGUCACUGAACGGAUUUGGGGUCAUCCUUUGAGAUCUACUUCCUGUCCAUUUUCUCCACUGGAGUUCAGUAAAUGGAAUGGAUUUUAAAGAGUUGUGAUGAAUUGCUUUCUCUUCAUUUCACUUUUUUUAAUGUGAAAAUUUUGAAAUGGCUGCCCCUGAAAGCCAGCUGAAGCUUGAACUACACUUUUUAAAAACUGCUUAUUAUUUUUGGAUCUCUUUUGAAUAUGAAUGUAUAUUCUAUUAAUUAGACUAAAGGCCUGCCAAACAAGAAUUAUAAUAUUGUGUUCCCUAGAAGUGUAUACAGCAUGGAGUACAUUGAUACUUACAUGCUGGAAAAGGAAAGUAGCAGAUUCAAAUGUGAGCAAUGUGGACGGUGCUAUAGACAUGCGGGCAGCCUAGCAAACCAUAAGAAAGUCCAUGAAGUGGGAUCCUUCCAGUGUCCUUUGUGUAUUAGGGUUCUCUCCAAUGCUCUGGCUUUGAAAAACCACCUCCGGAUCCACACCAGUAACAAGAGCUUCUCCUGUUCUGUAUGUGGAAAGGCCUUCCGGCUGUUUUCCCAACUUGUGGUACACCAUCAAGUCCAUGGGUCUCAUGGAUCUCAAGAGGAAUCUAUAAAGAAGGAGCAUUUGGAAUCCAGAACUAUUAUGCAGGAGAAUGGAGAAAGACCAGACCAGAAUACCUUAAUCAACACUGAUAUGACUGAUACAUUCAAUGAUAAUAAUUCUACCGAUGAGCAAAAGUCUGUCACUAAUGAUUCAGUGGAUCGACCAUUCAAAUGUGACCAAUGUGAAAAGACGUACCGGCACCAUGGUAGUCUUAUCAACCACAAGAAAUCACAUCAACUUGGGGUAUUUCAGUGUCCCAUCUGUUACAAACAGUUCAACAACCUUGCAGCUCUGAACAACCACCAGCGCACCCACACUAAAUCUAAGUUUCAAACCACACCUGUCCACAUUUCUGCCCAGCCCCAAGCAGCUGUAUCUGACCUGUGCCUUACUGCUUCCCAAAAGAGUGCAACUGCAUGGUUUUGCAACUUGUGUGACAUAUUCUUUCCCAAAAAGAGAAACUUAAAAGAACACAUACUGAUGCAUAGUACCUCAUCUUCUGCCAGUGAAUUAUCUGACAGUUAUUAUGCAGACUCUGAUGCUUUCUUACAUUCUAAGAAACCCUUUCCUCCCUCACACCAUUUGGACAAACAGGAAGCUGGUGAGCAUACUAAUAAUCAGUUGUAUACCUGUGCAUACUGUGGGGUAAAAUAUUCUGACUUGGAAAACCUUAAAGACCACUACUUGACUCACAAUUCUCCAUCCACCUCAAGCCCUCAAUCAGACUCUCAAAUGCUGGACUCUAAGCAGUCUGGCCAUGGAUUACAAGCACUGGAAAUGGCACCUGUCAAAGACGAACUGUCAAAUUCUUUAUCUGAGAAUACUAAAGAUCGUCGAUUCACAUGUGACAUCUGUGGGAAAAGAUACCGCCAUGCUGGUAGCUUGAUCAAUCACAAACUUUCCCACCAGACAGGCAGCUACCAAUGUUCAGUCUGCUGUAAAUACUACCCACAUCUUGCAGCCUUGAACAGACAUUUACGCAGCCACAGGACAACAUUGCCUGGUUUGCCUUUUAAUAUAGAGGGAGAUUGGCUUUCUCCUGAACCAUUAACACUUGAAUUACAGCAGAGUUCCUGUAAUAUUCAGGACCAGGAAGAUAACAGUUCUCCGUUACAUGAGAAUGUUGCUGGUAUUUCACACCAAGUUUAUUAUAACAGUGAUAUUGAUGGGCUAAAUGAGAUUCAUAAACAGUUUGGCAUUUCCCAUGCCCAGGACAGGUUAGAACACACUCUUCUACCGUCAAUUAACCAAAUGGAAGAGACACACAUGUGUGCAGACUGUGGUGAAACAUACAGAGACAUUACAGGGAUUAAGUCACACUUCUGCCCCCAGAGGUGCCAACAACAACAGUAUACAACAAGUGGUAUUUUAGCUAAUGAUAAAGAAGAGUAUCCUCUACAAAACUGCAGGGACCUUAAAUGGAUCAACAAGCAAGGAAGUCUUUCCCUUAUAAAUUCCAGUAGUGGUGACACAAAGGAGGAUGAUGGGGAAAUGUAUCAGUGUUCAGAGUGUGGGAACCACUACACAAGCCUUUGGGCACUGAAAAGUCAUUUGCGUGGGAAAACUCAUUUCCAAGGUAUACCCAUGAGUACGGACUCCACAAACGAAGAGAACUGGAGAAGGAACCAAGAAAUGGAAGGUAGUUUAAUCAUCUGCAGUACCUGUGGGGAAAGCUUUUUCAACGAGCAUGACUUGCUGGCACACCAGCCCCUUCAUGGGCAGGAUGGGACCAAUGAGGUUGUACAGAGCAAGACGUACAAUACCUGCAGCACAGAUGUCAAAACAGAGGAAAAGAGCCACAUCUGUGGAGAAUGUGGUAUGUUUUGCACAGAGUACAAUGAAUUAGAGGCUCAUGAGUGCGCUGUCAAAGGAAAAGGUAAAAAACUAAAUGUGGAAAAACAACUUGAGAAAACCGUUGACCAUAAUGGUCCAAGAUAUUUCCAGCCGAUUCUUGAUUCAGGAGAUCAUCCCCACAGGUGUGAUCAGUGUGGCCGAACUUAUAGGCACCCUAGUUCUCUUCUUAAUCACAAGAAGUCACAUAGAACUGGGGUUUUCCGCUGCCAUGUUUGCCAGAAGCGCUUCUAUAACCUGCUGGCCCUCAAAAGUCACCAUAGGACUCAUUUUGAUUUGAAGAGGCAUACGUGUGACAAGUGUGGGAAGUCCUUUAAAAUUCAGAAACAGCUACUGAACCACUUACAAGUCCAUAAAGAAAAGAGAGGCACAUUCCAGGAUUUUAAUCAGCUGCAUCAGAGUUUUCAGCAUGGAUGUAGGACUGAAGCUGGUGAAGUUCUCCCCAAGUGCUCCCCAAGCAGAGUUGUGUCUGAGAAAAAAACUCAGUCCAGGUGUAAGCAGCCCAGUGCUAUAUGCAGAAAAUGUGGGGUAAAGCACAGGAUAAAGGAGCCUUGUCAUGACCCUGACAGUCGGAUAGAGCAAGAAGCUGAGAGACUGGAAGGCACUGAGAUGAGAUUUCAGCCUUUUGCAAACGACCGCUAUGUAGAGACCCGUUGUCAUGCUGGGAGUCUAGUAUACCACAAAAAGGCAGACAAGACAGAGUACAUCUGUACAUCAUCAUAUUCUAAACAUACAGUGAAGAAUCACUUGCACACCCAUCUUGCAGGCAAUAAACGUAGUUUGCAGGAAUGUGGAAAGAUUUUAAAGGGGCAGAAGCGACUUUCAUGUUAUAAGUACUCCUUCAAUGGCAAGAAAAUGCCUCAAAGGGUCAGUCAAAGAGUUCACAUGCAACCUUUGGAGGUUAGGGAAUUGAAAGGGGGUCUAGGAUUUAAAGGGUCCACUGACCGGCAGUUAACACAUUGCCAUACUGCCAAGCUGUCUGAUAACUCAGACCAAAAGGUUGCUGGUGACCAUGAAUUUGUACAGAAAGAGGAUCGUCCUUUUGUUUGCAACAUCUGUAAUCGUACCUAUAGACAUGCAGGUAGUCUCCUAAACCACAAAAAUACACACAAUACUGGAAUUUUCUGCUGCUCCAUCUGCUCCAAGCAUUUUUUUAAUGCCAUGGCUUUGCGCAAUCACACUCGUAUUCACACACAGAAGAAAAAGCAUGUCUGUACAACCUGUGGAAAAGCUUUUCGAUUGGCUAGCAUUCUUCUGAAUCACCAAAAAGUCCACACACAGAAGAAAAUGCAUUUCAGUUGUCCUACAUGUACCAAGACUUUUCUGGCUAAGUCAGGAUUGGAGCAACACCGUUGUGGGAAAAACCAAAAGCCAUACCAUAAGGAAGUCAGAAGAAAGACCCAUGCAAAUCCAAGGAAAAAUGAGCGUGAGAACAGAUUCAAGUGUGAGCAGUGUGAGCGUACCUACCGCCAUGCCAGUUCAUUGAUCAAUCAUAGGAACACUCACACCACAGGCAUUUACCACUGUACACUGUGUCCCAAAACCUUUUCCAAUCUGAUGGCACUCAAGAACCACAAACGCAUCCACUCUGAAGUCCGGCGAUACAGUUGCCAAGACUGUGACAAGUCUUUUCGAGUAUCAUCGCAACUGCGCAGUCACCAACGUGUGCACAUGAGACAGCAAGAACUAUUCUGCAGCACUUGCCAGCAAAGCUUCCGUAGUCACUUGAGUUUUAGGAAGCACCAGGAGCUACGAUGCAAGGCUCAGCAGCUGCCGCAGCAGGAUGCAUUGGGGCACUCGGAAUUGGACUGGAAUUCUGGACUGGACAUUGCUGUAAUGGCUGCUCAAGGGCUAGAUCCCAACGGACUGCCCAGACCAUCCACUGUCUUCCCACUGCCAGUAGUUGAAAACCAGCAAGAGGAUGUUAAGGAGACAAGUCAGAAGGUCCAUAUUUGUGAGCAUUGUGGCCGUACCUACCGUCAUGCCAGCUCUCUUCUUAACCAUAAAAACAGUCACAAGUUGGGCAUAUAUAUUUGUUCUACUUGUAAGAAGGAGUUCUCUAAUCUAAUGGCUCUGAAGAACCAUAGACGGAUUCACACAGAACCAAAGCGUUAUGUGUGCUCAGAUUGCGGUAAAGCUUUCCGUGUCUCCACUCAGCUAAUUUGCCACCGGCGUGUUCACACAAAGGAAAAACCCUUCUCUUGCACACAUUGCGGCAAGAAUUUUUCCAGCAAGUCCAAUCUACGCCACCACCAGAAGGUACACAACAAACAUUUUGAGGCCUGCAUAGACACAGGCACCAAGAGCAUUUUGGGUAUUGGUAUAGAAACCUACCUCUGAUUUGACAGAAUGGGUUAUUUUUGAGAAAUUAAAUGAAGCUAUGUCUUCCUUUUUUGUGCCUGAUAUCUGUCUUCGUGUCUUUAGAAUGAAUGCCUCUAAAAGAACCACAAUAGGGAGUUAAUACUAGGAGGUUGAAAAUUCUGGCUAGAUUAUGCCAGGUGCAAUAUAAAGUUUAAAUUACAUCUAACUCAUUGAGAUUAUACUAAUUUUAAAAAAGCAUUGUUGUAAUUAGGGAUGCACCAAUCCCACUUUUUCUGUCCUGAUACCGAUACCUGGGCUUUGGGUAUCCGCCGAUUGGACAUCUGUGAUUAAUAAGCUGUAGGCUUUUGUCUCACUUUAGCAGAACAGAGCUUGCAAUCUGCUUUACUUCUAUUGUCCUCCCUUAUCUUAAAAUAUGUCCAAACAGCUGGCAUCCUCUAUUCAUACUCACCAAUUUUCCAAUGCCACUGUUCUCUGCAUUUAUCCUUCCCAAAUAUUCCAGCUGACAAAUCUCUCGCUAGCUGCCAAAAUCUUGUUAGGCAGCAGAAAAAGGGAGUAAAAAUGCAGCUGCUUUGAGUUAUAAUGUUGCAGUUAAAGUGGUAGUUUUUAUGAGAACGAGUGUGAACAUUAUGUGCGCAGUAUCGGCUCGAUACCCGAUAUCAGUAUCGGUAUCUGUGCAUCCCUAGUUGUAAUGUCAUUUUAAGAAACUGUACAAAUUCCCAUCAUUAGUAGAAAGCUCAAACACUUGAUGUAUGCAAGUGUAGACAUCAAUAAAGUGUAAUGAAAAUUAUGAAUAAUAAUAGUAAUAUUAUGAAAUGUUUUUCAUUAUGAAUAUUCAUGUCAGUCAAAAAUGAAUGAUAACAUAUGAGAUGUUCAAAUGCAAACGUAAGUAAUUUUCUUUGGACAUUUUAAGUGUAUAUUUGGUAAACCUGUGAGAAAAUGGAUCUGAAAUGGAUUGCCUGCUGCUCUUAGUACAAUGUACAGCUGGAGAAAGUUUUAUUAUGUUGUCCAAUAUACUUAAACAUUUUGUGUUUUCAGGAACAGUUUUCUUAAUUUCACUGUUUGAGGUGUUAAAUGAUAUUUUUAAAAAUGCACCAUGUAGGUGUACUGUGCGUCAGGCAGUAUAAUAGUAGAAAUAUAUUCUCAUUGUUACAAUGGAGAGAUAAUUGGCUCAUUUGCAAAAAGCAAAUAUACCUGUUUUAUUAAUAUUUCAAACUGGUCCUUUUAAAUACUUGUUACUAUUAUUAUUCUUAUUGACAAUUGUUUUGUCAUUUGAAGCUACUGGACAGUGUUUGCUUUUAUGGUAAAACCAAAAAUAUUGUGGAACUGUUGUUGUGGUGUUUCAUUCAAUAUUGUAAUAUAUUGAGUUAAUGUGGAUCUUAAUAUAUGAUAUCUUUA